AAAUCGAGGAGACUUAGGAAACUGAAAACCUACAAUGAAUAGAAUAUCUAUCUUAAUCUUAUUUAUAUAUAUUACAAAUUAAAUACAGACAUCUGCCCAUAAAUAAUAAGAGUACUCAUAUAUAUAUUCUUUUCAAUUUGACAUUAAUCAAAAAAAAUUGUCCCUUUUUUUGUUUUUUUUUUCUCUUGUAUAGUCGUGAUUUAAUUUCGAACUUGGUAAGUAAAGUCUCUGAAAAAUGAGGUUUCUCCUGGAGAAAGCGCUAAAUUUGUUGAUGACUCUUGCGCCGUUGGUAUCGUUGGGAUGUUUGUUAACGUUUUUCAUGUUGCCAAAUACCAGUCCUCUUCCAUGUUCGAACCUCUUUUCACUCUACUUGGGCGAAGGAGAAGGAAUACUUGAUCAAUAUGAAGCCGACCUUUCCCACUAUAAAACCCAGGUUUACAUAGAACGUGAAGGAUCUCUUGAAAGAGAACAAGCUCAAAAAGAGUUGGAUGACGAGAUCUUACAUAGAAAGCGCGUGGAAUGUACCUUUGUAGAGAUCGGAAAAUCUUAUUUUGGCGAUCAUGAAGGCCAUAAGAAGCUUAUGGAAGUUAGAAGACCUCUUGUGGACGAUUGGAAUUGUUUCAAAGAUCUGGCUAACACUUAUCAGACACAUUGUGGACAAAUCUCCACAUACCAUUUCAAAUAUACGAUGGCGUUUGCAAAUAUAUGCAACGAUAAUAGCUUUUUUGAACCUUCUCAAUUUGCUGACAUUGCAGCUCGAGUGUGUGGAAAGUGUAAUUCAUCCCAAAUUGUUCACUUUUGACAAAAAAUUAACAUACCAUUAAGGUUUUAAGCUAAUGAUCAAUGGUUAAGAUUAAAGGUCUCCUCACAAUCACACGUACAUAUACGAAUGUAAUUAAGCCAAGUUUGUUGCAUACGUCAACAAACGUUAUUAUUUUUUCAUUGAUAUUCCGUUGUAGUAGACUUUGCAUACCCAAAAAAUCAUCCUAUGUGUCAGGGCCGGCUAAAGGGAGGUCCAGGUGGACCUACAGCAUCGGGCCACAAAAUUUUGGGGGCCCAAAAUGAAAUUAUAUUGGUUAAACCCCCAAGAACAAAUAUUAUAUAUUUAACCACUGCUUUGUUAUGCAUUAUGUAAUUUUUGUCUUAGUUGGUAAGGUUUAAUAAGUAUGGUAGCAAAAACCAGGGUUCGAUUCUUUACUACCCCUUUUUUUAUUUGUUUUUUUCAUUUCCAUCAAACCUUUACAUCAAUUUUCUCAAACCAUCACACAUA